ACCGCGACGGUCCUCUCCCGCCCUCUCCACUGGUCGCGCGCGUGGUCGUGAUCGUGAUCGCGGUACUGGCAGUGCGGUAGCCCCGAGGCACGGGCCAGCCAGCGCCGAAGACGACGACGUCGACCACUGGCUCCAGCCGCCUGACCACCGAAAAGGGUGAACCGGAAGUCUGCACCGUCGACAUGCGGUACAAGGUGUCUGAAACGGGGAGCAGCGUGGAGGAUGGCAAGAGCGGGUCGCAUGUCCACCCGGAGCUCAUCACCAGGACUCGGACUCCGGGGAAGCUGGUGGUGGUGGUGGCAGCCCUGGCGACCGCCGUCGUGUCGCUGGCAGCCGCCGUCGCAGUGCUCGCCACCAUCAAUUCCAAGUCGGGCGAGAAGAUGGCGCUGAUGUUGCGGCGCCCCGAGGCCCGCACCUGCGUCUCCGAGGCGUGCGCCAAGUCCGCGUCGCGUAUCCUGGAGUCGCUGGACACGACUGCGGAGCCGUGCGAGGACUUCUACCAGUUCGCGUGCGGCGGCUGGAUCCGGCGCCACCCCGUGCCAGAGUCGCAGUCCUCGUGGGACCAGUUCCGGCUGCUGCGCGAGGACCUGCUCAUCGACCUCAGGGAGCUGCUGGAGGCCGAGAACAAGGACGACGACCUGCGGCCAGUGAAGCAGGCGAGGGCGCUCUACAAGACCUGUCUGGACGUGGAGACGCUGGAGCGGCUGGGGGUGGAGCCGAUGCUGGCGGUGAUGCGGCAGCUGCGGGUCAGCGCCGGCCCUCCGGGGGGCGUGGCGGGGCAGCGGGACGCGCCCUUCGACUGGGUGCUCACCCUGGGCCGCGCGCAGCGCAUGCUGGGCCUCAGCGCGCUCAUCGGCUUCUGGGUCAGCCAGGACAUGCGCAACACCUCGCGCAACCUCAUGGUGGUGGACCAGGUGGCUCCGGGGAUCAGCGAGCGCUACCUGCUGGACCCGGCGCGCUUCGCCACCGAGCUGUCAGAAUACCGGCGCUACGUGCGCGACAUGGUGCACGCCUUCGAGAGGCGCCUCGACAACAGGGUCGAGCCCGAGGACGACAUGGAGGCCUUCGCCGAGGGAUUCGCCGACGAGAUCCUCACCUUCAGCACCGAACUAGCCAAGAUAAUGACGUCGACGGAGGCACGGAGGGACACCCGCAGCCUGUUCCACGAGAUGCACAUUCCAGACCUGCAGCUAGUUAUGGACUCUCCAGGGGACGGCAAAAACCCAAAGAUGAACUGGACGCGCUACCUGGACUCCGUCCUGCAGGACACCAACGUGACGCUCAACCUCAGCUCCGACGUGGUCGUCGUGAUGGACGUCAACUACCUGCAGAAGCUGGCCUCCCUCAUCGCCGUCACCGAUCCGCUGCGCCUGGAGCGCUUCGUGUGGUGGAACGUGUUCUCGACGCUGGCGCCGCUCACGCUGCAGGAGUUCCGAGACCUGGCCUUCCGCUUCAGCCAGCAGGUGUACGGCCUGACCCAGAAGACGGCCCGAUGGAAAGGCUGCACAGGAAACGUAAACUCCAACUUCGGAAUGGCGGUGAGCUACUUGUAUGUGCAGAAGCAUUUCAACAACGAAUCACGGGUGAAGGCUCUGGAGAUGGUGAACGACAUCAGGAACGCGUUCACCGAAAUGGUGGGCGAGCUGCAGUGGAUGGACGACGUGACGAAGGCGCGGACACUGGAAAAGGCGCACGCCAUGCGACCCUUCAUUGGCUUUCCAGGCUGGCUGCUCACGCCUGGGGAACUGGAGAAACAUUACAACGAGACUGAAGUCGUAGAGGGACAGCUGUUUGAGACUUACCUGAAGUUGUCACAAACUUCCAUCAAAAGGACACUUGAAGAUAUCCGCAGAUCACCUGACUAUAACAGGUGGGUGACACCAGCAACAACUGUGAAUGCUUUCUACUCACCAAUCCUCAACUCUGUCACAUUUCCUGCGGGAAUAUUGCAGCCUCCUUUCUAUGGUCUUGGUCUUGAGUCACUAAAUUAUGGAGCUAUUGGAGCAAUUAUGGGGCAUGAAUUAACUCAUGGCUUUGAUGAUCAAGGGCGUCGUUACGACAAGCAUGGAAAUUUGAAACAGUGGUGGACAGACACAACUCUAACGGAAUAUGAGAAGCGUGUCAAGUGCAUUGUAGACCAGUACAGCCAUUAUCAAGUUAAUGAGAUUGGAGAUAAUUUCACGGUUAAUGGUAUCAAUACUCAAGGUGAAAACAUUGCUGACAAUGGAGGCAUCAGAGAAGCAUUAAGAGCGUAUCAAAAGUUUCAAGCAAGGCAUGGUAAUCAAACUGAAUUAUUGCUUCCUGGCUUGUCACAGUAUUCACCAGAGCAGCUGUUCUACAUCGGUUUUGCACAUAUGUGGUGUGGAAAUUCAACUAAAGGAGCACUCAAGUCACGAGUAGUUGAAGGAGUGCACAGUCCAAACAGGUAUCGAGUGAUUGGCACACUGUCAAAUUCUGAAGAUUUUUCAAAGGCCUGGAACUGUAAACCAGGAAGCCCAAUGAACCCUGAGAAAAAGUGUGUUUUAUGGUGAAUCAGUUCAAUUGUGUCUUACUGAAAGUUGCUGCCAAAAAGGAGCCUCUGAUACCAGUGACAGUGAUGUAAUGUUGUGUUUAGUGUAUGUGACAAUAUGUGCAUCUAUAGAUGUGCUCAGAUAUAUGUAUGCUUCAUGGUACUGGUACAAACAACCAGUGUUGCAUGGAGAAAUUAAAACUGCAGUUCUGAGAGAACAUCAGGAAGCAUAUCUCAGGUUCUACUGAAGAACAUUAUUCAGUUUCAGUGGUUCAAGUGAAACAAAAUAUAUCACUAUCAAGUCACAAUUAUGGUGUCAUAAGGCUUACGUGAAAUCAAGCACAGAUUUUCUAAAAUUGUUUGAUUUUUGUAUUCUUACUCCAAUCAAGUGAGAUUGAAACUGAUGUGCAAACCCAGAUUUAGAAGCUUUCAAGAUUGUGGAAUGUGACAGAGGUAGAACAUAAAAAGUUGAUCUGCAGUUUGGAAGCAGUAAUUGUGAUGAGUGUGUGAGUAACUGUAAAAAAUGUAUGGUUGGUAACAACAAAGAGUGAAUAUGUAAUCAUGAAAAAAUAUUUUGAGCAAUCUCGUACUAUUGUGUAGCAGACUCAAAGGCAGCCGAAAAAGAGAAAAGGCGGAUGAAAAACUGAAUGUACAAUUAUUUUCAAACGGAGUUGUGGCAUACUGGGGAAAAAAAAUACUUUACUGAUAAAGAAGUGGGUGCACAAGAAAUCUUGCUAAUGUAAUAUACAUAAGUAUGAUGUGUAAAGAAUAUCAGGCAGUGUCUGAAUUAAAUGGCAGUUAUAAAUUAAGUCUCAUUACCCAUGAAAUUAUGAUUAUUGUAUGUAUUUUCAGAGCAACAUGAUGUGUAUCAUCCAAUAACAACAGAGGAGAUCACAUCAUUUCCACUUCACAAGGAUGUAACAAAUGAGAUAAUAAUCAUCCAAAGAUUGAAUAUUUUAUUCCACUUCUUUUGUAAGUCAUCAGUUCUGUGCCGUAAAUUAAAAACUAUGACUGCAUUUGUUCUCAAAGAAGUACUGAAAAUUACAUUGCAGCAAAUUGUCGCAGAUAUUUGUAAAACCCUAUUCUGAAAUUCAUCACUCAAAUCAGCGUCUGUGCCCUUGACAAGUGCAUCCAUAGUACAACUUCUGACAUUCAAUGUCUUAUCAAAAAUCUUUGGUUUGGAAAAUGUAUAAACAGGUGUUGGUCAAUUUUAGUAAGAAAGAUACAAAUGUUACUACAAUCCCAAUUCAAUAAAUUUCAGUUAAAUGCAUUAUGCAACCAGAACUGAGGACAAGCGAUAGAUGGAUUGUUUCAUCCAUUUUCUUUUGCACCCAUUUAGAACCAACUUCCUGCAUCAGGAGAGACAAGAGUUCUCAUUCAUUACAAUAUUUAAGUCAUUAGUUCCAACAGCACUGUUUUCUUUUUCUUGAGUUAUGAGAGGUUCUUUAACCUUGCUUAAUUAUACAUAAUUAGUGAUUACUUUUCAUAUAUUCCCCUCUGCUAACUGAAAGAAUUUUUCAAUGUUAAACCCCUGUUAAUCUGAAAUUUGUGAGCAACUAAUCAAUGGGGGGAUAUGGAAUGUGCAAUGCAUUAUAAUACUGGCCACCCUUAAGGAAACAUUCAAAAGCAAGCUUCGAUUCAGCUCUCAAUGUGCAGUAGUUACAAAUACGGAUUUUGAUUUCAAGAACAGGACAUACUUUUAUCUGCCAAUUUUGAAAAUAUUUUAUUUCAGAUCAUUGUUAACAAAAAAAAAAUCAUUUCCAAAAGUUUCUUCUCAGUGCCAUUUUCAAAAAUACUCCAUGACUAUCUGCUGCAAUGACUUAACUAUAUGUACUUACAAGGCAGUCUAUGGAGCACUGAUAUGACUGUUGUGUAAGUUUCUCUUGCUGUUCCAAGCCACAAAUGUAACAGGCAACUAUGAAGGUCUACAAGAGAAUUGUAAAAGAACCUCAAUAGUCUGUACAUACCAUCUUAGAAACAAAACUCAUAUUAAAUACUUGACGGCAACAUAGACGUAUACUUUUUGUACUACAAAUGCUGUUUUUGUGACCAACGCAUGGGUUUUUUCCCUGCAACUUUCAACCUGUUGAAUUAUAACAUAAGUACAAAAUGAAACGGAACACUCAUGAACUAUUGGUUUAGCCUGAUCGAAACCAAAAUCUGUUAUUUUUGCUUUUGAUCUCAUGGUAACUAAAAGUGUUCAUCACAAAUGAAU